UCCGUACAAAUAACUCGCAGUAGAGUUUUCCAGUAGAGAACGAAUCGGAGCUCUGUUAUAUCAGCAAUUAUCAGCCACAGUAACUAUCUUCAGAUACAAAGAAGAGGAGAGAGAGGCUUGGACCAUCCGGGAAGUAAGGAAUUCCUUUUUCUCGUAAACUUUUAUGCGCAAAGACAUUUUGGACAUCUUUGUGGGAGCCUCAGUCACUUUCGUUGGGUCUAUCUGAGUGAAGUUUGCCCACAGCGCUGCUCAAGCUUCUCCUCUGAAAAACAGACUUCAUCACCCGACCAUCCUUAUCUGGAGUGGAUUUGUUAAUUAUCCUGCUACUGGAUAACGAAAACCGCCGACGACUCACUGACGUGCCUUAGGAGCUAAGUGGAAGUGACUUUACGUGACCCGCUUUGUCCCAGGAGUCAGUACCCAUAUUCUUCCAAAUAGGACGAGUAUACCGUGUCAAAAUGUACCAAAGCCUUGCUUUGUCAUCCAACCAGUCCCCAUAUGCACACGAUGCAGGGAACUAUAUGCACCCUUCAGCGAGUUCCCCUGUCUACGUGCCCACUACGAGGGUGCCUGCUAUGCUGCAAACCCUGCCGUACUUGCAGACGUGCGAGUCCACCCAUCAGUCCCAUGGCCUCGGCGGGCAUCAUGGCUGGCCUCAGACUGGCACAGACAGUUCGUCCUUCAACCCGGGCAGCCCCCAUCCGCCUCCCGGGUUCUCCUACUCUCACAGCCCGCCAGUAAGCAGCAAUACCGGCAGGGACACCACCUACCAGAACCCGCUUGUGCUCAGUAAUGGUGGUCGGGCCGACCCGUAUGGCAGCGCUUUGGUGCGGUCAGUUGGAGGAUCAUACUCGAGUCCGUACGCGUACAUGAGCCCGGAGAUGGCAACCUCUUGGACACAAGGCCACUUUGAGAGUGGCAUGAUCAGUCUUCAGGGACGGCAAGGCUGCCUGUCUGGGAGAAGGUCCAGUUUGGACAUGUUGGAGGAGUUCCCGGGAGAGGGUCGUGAGUGUGUAAACUGCGGCUCCAUCUCCACUCCUCUGUGGCGGCGAGACGGUACCGGGCACUACCUGUGCAAUGCCUGUGGCCUGUACCACAAGAUGAACGGAAUCAACAGGCCGCUCAUCAAACCACAGAAACGCCUGCAGACCACAUCUCGCCGGGCCGGCCUAUGCUGCACUAACUGCCACACCAGCACUACAACGCUGUGGCGUCGCAACGCAGAGGGAGAGCCUGUCUGCAACGCCUGUGGCCUGUACAUGAAACUACAUGGGGUCCCCAGACCACUGGCCAUGAAGAAGGAAAGCAUUCAGACCAGGAAACGGAAACCUAAGAUGCCCAAGUCUAAACCCUCAACAGGAGGGUUGUCAGCCUCAGGCACCAACUCACCGUCAUCCCUGUCUGUCUCGGAACACGCCUCUACGAUAAAGAGUGAACCCAACAUGGCCCCCUCACCCUACGCCGGACAGACUGUAGCCUCUGUGUCCCAGGCUUCAUCACAUCUGGACAGUUCAGGACAUGUGGACAUCAAAUAUGAGAACUACCCCUUUACUCCCACGUCCAUCGCCCCACAGAACUCUUGGUGUGCUCUGUCUCAGGCAUGAGCUUGACCGCAGCUCACCGUGUCCUGGUUCUGGACCCAGCUCAGCUCACUGUGGAUAAUAUAGACUUGUGACAAGAACUACCUAUUACAGACUUAUUCUCUUUCCCAUGGCUGGAGGGAUGAAAAAACAGAAGGAAGUGAUGGCAAUCAAGUGGAAUGUAUAGAAAUAACUUUUUACUGGCUACUAUCAAUACUAUUUCUAGUUUUAGUUUUGUUGUUGUUUUUGUUGUGGUUGUUGUCUUUGUUGUUGUUGUUGUCAUUAUUGAUAUUUUGCUGAUAUCACAUCACAGUUUUACAUGGUGUUUCAAGAGAUAACCAGAAACAGUUCAACAAGUUAUCACAGAGUGUUAUUCACAAAUCCAGAAGGACAAAAAAUGCAAGUGUUUUAUUACCUCUGAACAUGUUUCAUUACUAGUGUGUAGAUUAUUAACUUUUAUAUGUACAUUAUUUAUGUUAAGAUAAGAACAGUCAUGAAACUCAAAAGCCAACAUGUCAUAUCCCAAAGUCCAUUCCCUUCUAACAAUGUCUUGUAUGUUCAAGGUAUGACCUCUAAAAUAGGAAGUAUACAGUUGAAGUCGGAAGUUUACAUACACUUAGGUUGGAGUCAUUAAAACUUGUUUUUCAACCAC